AAUCACUGGCGGACCAGUCUGGUUCUUGUUCGUCUGCAGGGAACAGUUAGUUCUGUUUUGACGGCUACUGAUCAAGACUGAAUCAGGAGGGGAAAACGUUUUUACAAGAAUAAUAUUUUUAACUGGAUUUCUUUUUUAGAUAAAUCCACAAUGGGCAUGUGGACAUGGGUCAUAUUCAGUUUGCAAUUAAUUUUGCAACUCCUUGACACAGUGAAAACCCAAGGAAUUGUUUAUGAUCUUCUGGUGUCACCGGAUUGCUUACCAGACCUUCUGCAAGGAGGAAUAAAGGCAAAGAAUAUGGACAAUGUUUUUAUCCUUGCGACCCUUCAGAUGCAGAGCAAAACACCAGCACGUGUCUUCCACAUCUUCAAUGCUCUAGACAACACAGAUUAUUUUGAUUUUACGGUCCAGGGGAAACUCAACAGAGUCAUUUUAAAAUAUCUGAAAAGCAAUGGAAAGGUCGGGACAACAACUUUCAAUAAAGUGCCACUGACAGAUGGUCAACACCAUCACAUACUGCUCCACUUCAGCGGCCUGCAGCAGGGAAGCUCCGCCACGGCCCUCUAUGUGGACUGCAGACUGGUGGACAGAGUGUUGGACGUCCCGCUGGCUUUCAAAUCACUGCCACAAGGCACCAAACGAGUCACACUCAAGACCCUGCCCACCUCGACCCAGGAUACGCUGUCAGAUCUCAAACUUGUGCUUGAUGAGUCCAUUGAUAAUGUGGUGGAGCUUCAGGACUGCAGUACACUUUCAGAAAUGACUGAACAGAAAGAAACACUGCAACUGCUUGGAACAACCUCGAAGGUAGAAGCUGGCCCGAUGUUUGAGCUCAUGCGAAUGAUUCAAGAGUUGAAGCAGAAGGUGGAUCAGCAGACCAAAGAAACUGCUGACCUGAAAAAGACCAUCUUGGAGUGUGUUCCAUGCAACGGAUUAGGAGGACAACUACAUGCAGCGCUACAGAAUAAAAAGCCAUCCAAUUGUGGACCAGGGGUCUGUUUUACACAAGACUUGUGUGUUGAAAAAGCUGACGGUGUGGACUGUGCACCUUGUCCUGAGGGUUACACUGGAGAUGGAGUCCAUUGUGAUGAUGUAGAUGAGUGCCAGUUCAACCCAUGUUUCUUCGGUGUGAGGUGUGUGAACACUGCUCCGGGGUUCAGAUGUGAACAGUGUCCACGAGGCUUCAGCGGUCCAGAGGUCCAGGGUGUUGGCGUUAAUUACGCUCAGACAAACAAACAAAUCUGUAAUGACAUUGAUGAGUGCCUGGUGGAUAAUGGUGGAUGCACACCCAAUUCAAACUGCCAUAACACAAUGGGAGCGUUUCACUGUGGAAGCUGUAAAGCCGGCUUCACUGGAGACCAGAACUCUGGCUGUAGAAUUGCAGGCCCUGAUGUUGUUCCUCUGAUGGAAAGACUGUGUGGAAACGGCCAGCCAAACCCCUGUGACAUCAAUGCGGAGUGUGUCGUGGAGAGAGAUGGCAGCAUCAGCUGUGUGUGUAAAAUUGGCUGGGCUGGAAAUGGCUACGUUUGUGGAAAGGACACAGACAUUGACGCCUAUCCAGAUGACAUACUUAAGUGCAGAGAUGCAACCUGUAGAAAGGAUAACUGCAUGUUUGUUCCCAACUCUGGCCAAGAAGACGCCGACAGGGAUGGGAAGGGAGACGCUUGUGAUGAGGAUGCAGAUAGUGAUGGCAUACUUAAUGAUCAGGACAACUGCUGGCUGACGCCUAACAUAGACCAGAAAAACAGUGAUAAAGAUCUGCAUGGUGACGCAUGUGAUAACUGCAUAGAAAUCAAGAACCCAGACCAGCGUGACACAGACAAUGAUGGACUGGGAGACGCCUGUGAUGAUGACAUAGACGGGGAUGGUUUGAAGAAUAUCCUGGAUAACUGUCAAAAAGUUCCCAACCCUGACCAGAAGGACAAAGACCAUGAUGGUGUUGGUGAUGCAUGUGAUAGCUGCCCUGAGGUGUCAAACCCCAACCAGUCUGAUGUAGACAAUGAUCUUGUAGGAGACACUUGUGACACAAAUAUUGACAGUGAUGGAGACGGUCAUCAGAACACGAAAGACAACUGUCCCAACGUCAUUAACAGCGAGCAGUUGGACACUGAUAAGGACGGGCUCGGAGACGAGUGUGAUGAUGAUGAUGACAAUGAUGGCAUUUUAGAUGACAAUGACAACUGUAGGCUGGUGUCAAACCCAGACCAGAAGGAUGAGAACAAUGAUGGAGUAGGUGAUGCCUGCACUGGAGACUUUGAUAAAGAUCAUGUGAUCGACAGGAUUGACACCUGUCCUGAAAAUGCAGAGAUCACACUCACUGACUUCAGAGCCUAUCAGACUGUGGUUCUGGAUCCAGAAGGAGAAGCUCAGAUCGACCCCAACUGGGUUGUUCUUAAUCAGGGGAUGGAGAUUGUGCAGACCAUGAACAGCGACCCAGGACUAGCUGUUGGAUACACUGCAUUCAAUGGCGUGGAUUUUGAGGGCACCUUCCAUGUGAACACAGUGACGGAUGAUGACUAUGCAGGCUUCAUCUUCAGCUAUCAGGACUCCUCCAGCUUCUAUGUGGUGAUGUGGAAGCAGACGGAGCAGACGUACUGGCAGGCAGUGCCCUUCAGAGCCGUGGCAGAGCCUGGCAUUCAGCUUAAGGCUGUAAAGUCUAAAACGGGGCCUGGGGAGUUCCUGAGGAAUUCGUUGUGGCACACAGGAGAUACAAAGGAGCAGGUCCGUUUGCUGUGGAAGGACCCUCGUAAUGUAGGCUGGAAGGACAAGGUCUCCUACCGCUGGAAUCUGAAGCACAGACCCCAAGUGGGAUAUAUCAGGGUGCAGUUCUAUGAAGGCACUGACCUGGUAGCAGAUUCUGGAGUGGUUAUUGACACCAGCAUGAGAGGAGGUCGACUCGGGGUCUUCUGCUUCUCACAGGAGAACAUCAUCUGGUCCAACCUGAGAUACCGCUGUAACGACACAAUCCCUGAAUACUACAUCGAGGAAGACCAGCAGCAAUGAGACUAACAGGAGAGCAUUAUUAGUGGUAAAACGCAUCUACAGAAGAGGUUCCAGCACCAAAGCAGAUGUGAAUGACAUGUUGGGUAUUCUUACUCCCCACAAACACUAUUUACAGACUGUUUGAAUUUAAAACACAUAUCUUUCUACAGUUACGCUGAAUUUACACUCGAUGCCUGAAACUGCCUGUGCUUUACCGCACUUGAGGCUUCAGUAUUAUUAAAGUGGAUAAUACACUGUGAGAAUUUGUGACAAUCAUGACACUGAAGACUGUAAAAACUAAUUCAGGUUUGUCAUCACAGGAAUAAAUAACAUUUUAAAUUGUAUUAAACA